GCAGUUUCCGCCUGAAUUCAGCAGUGUGUGAAAUUAUUAAUCAUGGACAUACGACCGAAUCACACCAUCUACAUCAACAAUGUUAACGAUAAGAUCAAGAAAGAAGAGCUGAAGAGAUCGCUGUACGCCUUAUUCUCGCAGUUUGGCCAGAUUAUGGACAUUGUUGCUCUGAAGACUGCGAAGAUGAGGGGUCAGGCGUUUGUGAUCUUUAAAGAGCUUUCUGCAGCCACCAAUGCCCUCAGACAACUGCAGGGAUUCCCCUUCUACAACAAACCCAUGCGAAUCCAGUAUGCAAAAACUGACUCGGACCUGGUCUCUAAGAUGAGAGGCACGUAUGGAGAUAAAGAAAAGAAGAAAGAGAAGAAAAAGAAAGCCCUGGAACAGGCGGCCAAUCUCAACAAGAAACCAACGGGAUCCGUAAACAACCAACCUCCUCCACCGGCCACAGUCCAGGUCCCUGACAACCCACCGAAUUAUAUUCUGUUCCUGAAUAAUCUCCCAGAAGAAACCAACGAGAUGAUGCUCUCCAUGUUAUUCAACCAGUUUCCUGGGUUUAAAGAAGUGCGUCUGGUCCCUGGAAAGCAUGACAUUGCGUUUGUGGAGUUCGAGAGCGAGACUCAAGCCGGAGUCGCGAAAGACGCGCUACAGGGAUUCAGGAUUACAGCGACGUGUGCCAUGAAGAUCACUUACUCUAAAAAGUGACCCGGCUCACACUCAUUUCCCGGGAAAUGCAGAUUGUACUGGACUGUGUCUGAGGCUUUAUCAGUGGAUCCUCGGUUCGGAUUUGUGUUUGUCUUUUUCAGUCAGUGAGUCUAAUCUUUUUUUAAAACCUUUGUUCAGUGACCGUUUCAAAAAAAAUUGUGAGUGGAAAUUAUUUGGUCACUGAGGAACAUUAUGAUAUUCCAGGACAGAACUUUAUUUUGUAUUGUAGACUAAUAAAAUUAGCCUGUAAAAUAAAUCUUAACUUGCCCUCCCAAA